AUGAUCCGGCCUGACGUCACGAACUCCCUCGCAGAGACCAGGGCGGUGUCUUUUUUGGAGAACUUUUCGGUGCAGGCAAGUGGAGACCGUUACCCCAAGCGAGGACCGUUACCCCAAGCGAGGACCGUUACCCCAAGCGAGGACCGUUUCCCCAAGCGAGGACCGUUUCCCCAAGCGAGGACCGUUUCCCCAAGCGAGGACCGUUUCCCCAAGCGAGGACCGUUACCCCAAGCGAGGACCGUUUCCCCAAGCGAGGACCGUUUCCCCAAGCGAGGACCGUUACCCCACGCGAGGACCGUUUCCCCACGCGAGGACCGUUUCCCCAAGCGAGGACCUUCACCCCAAGCGAGGACCGUUUCCCCAAGCGAGGACCGUUUCCCCAAGCGAGGACCGUUUCCCCAAGCGAGGACCGUUUCCCCACGCGAGGACCGUUACCCCAAGCGAGGACCGUUACCCCAAGCGAGGACCGUUUCCCAAAAGCGAGGACCGUUUCCCCAAGCGAGGACCGUUACCCCAAGCGAGGACCGUUACCCCAAGCGAGGACCGUUUCCCCAAGCGAGGACCGUUACCCCAAGCGAGGACCGUUUCCCCAAGCGAGGACCGUUUCCCCAAGCGAGGACCUUCACCCCACGCGAGGACCGUUUCCCCAAGCGAGGACCGUUUCCCCAAGCGAGGACCUUCACCCCAAGCGAGGACCGUUUCCCCAAGCGAGGACUUUCACCCUAA